CACUGCCAACCUAGAAACCAAAUUUAAUAAGACAAAGAAAAUGUUGGGCAUCACACCUUUUAUAUAUGGUCAAUGAAGUUUAUUAACUUAAUUAUGGAUGCUCUAGUGGGAGAGCUAGCUAAGCUACUACUCCCUAUAAAACAAAGAACCAUUAAUGAUAGUCAAAGAUGAAUGAGCUCAUACUUGCCAUUAAUUGUUAAUUAAUCAUUAAUUAAUAGCAUUUUGUACUCUUCAAAUUUGUCAAAUUAACAAACGUACCUCUAUACUAAAUUUUUGCACAAAUAUACCCUUCUAAUAUUAAAACGUAACUAAUAUAUCCUUUCGUCUAAUUAUAUAUUAAGUUACCGUUGAAUGGAUUGUAAAAUGACACAAUUGUCCCUCAUUGAAUCCUAAACACACCUAAUUUUAAUUUUUAAUUAUUUUAGAUCCCAAAUCAAUUAAUUAAAAAAUAAAGCCACUAAACAAAUUCACACUCAAUCGAUCAGAGAUCAUCCAACUCUCCUUGCUUCUUCCAUCUGGUUGCAUGGCUCUUCUGAUCAGGGCACUUUUUGGGUGGGAUCUCCGAUCACUUACCUAGCCCAACUUGAUUUGGUAGAGAGACAUGAGCUGAUAAAGUACCAGGGUGCUUUUCAUCAGAAUUAAGCAGCAAACAAUCAAUCCGAAGAUUGAUUGAACUCGAAUCAAGAACAAUGUGUUCUUAAUACGCAAUUGGAUAAAACGGAACCAACAGACAAUUCCACACUUGGGGAAAGCUUAUAUGGUAUAAAAGAGUAGUUGCUCGACCACGAUUGAAGAGACUAUUCAAACGAUACACAAGCUCAGCAAGUUUGGAAUCCACCAAACCCAACACAAGUUGUAAUGUGCAGAAAACCGAAGUUUUCAAUUCAAUUGAUCAAUCUCUAAGUUUUACAAUGAAACAAGACGUUUAAAUAGGCCUAGCUAGGGUUACACACGUCCUCAUCAGUCCUAAUUACAAUCUAAUACAAAAAUGAACUAAAAAGUAGCAAAAGAACCUAAUCCUAAUUGAACUAGGAAAACUAAUUUUGUUUUACAACGGCAGAAUUCUGUGACUUCAGACGAUUUUUGAGUCCUUCGUUCGAGGCCUUCCAGAUAUCCAUUUCUUCAUCCAAUGUCUUUUCUUUGUAGAAAAACAUACCUUCUUUCAAGUGAUAGAAGCUUCUGGACUCGACUGCCAUCCAUUCUUCUCGAAUUAAGCUCCAAAGUAGGCUUCACAGUCAUGUUUUCUGCCUUAGCCAAAUUCUGACAGUUUUUCUGUGUUGACAGAGGAUUUAGGUGAGCUUGUAAAAUGACUUUCUGGCCUUGAGCUCACACUAACAUAGCCUCCAGCUGGGUAAUUGGCCACUCCGAUAGUGAAUCGAUAAAGGAGACCCAGACUUGAGUAAUCGCACUAUCCUAGCCUAUUGACCAUUCUCUCUACUCCAGUCGCCGGCGAGGAGAUUCCGGAGCAGGCGCCGCCGCCGCCGAGUCGAGGGCUAGCGGAGAGUUUAGGGGAGACAGACGAUAUAUGGUGUGAAUUAGUUUAGGGUUUGAGUUUUUUUUAAUUAAAUAAUUUCAUACAUAAAAUAAUUAAAAUCAAAAUUAGGUGUGUUACGAGUAGAUGAGGGGCAAUUGUGUCAUUUCACAACCCUUUAACGACCACUUAACAGAUAAUUAGACGGAUGGGUGUAUUUGUUACAUUUUAAUAUUAGAAGGGUAUGUUAUUUACUUGUUAUACAUUUCUUAAAUUCUGGUUCUUCGUGAAUGGAUUAGUGAUCUAUUUGUAAGUUUAUCUUCUAUAGAAAAAAAUAUGAAUGAUAAUUUGACUCCUCCAUCUUUUUAGAACAUUUUGUAGUUUUUAUUGAUUGAAUACUUAAUUUGUUUCAUCUUCAUAGGAACCGAAUCAAAUCAUGCAUUAGUGAUCGGUUUAGUCAUCCUAACUAAAUGGGCCCCUUGUGUUUACUAAGCAAAACCCCUAACUUCUAAUAACUGACUCCUAAUGCCUACUAAUUGACUCCUAAUGCUACGGUUGGAAUUUUGAAUGGCGUGAAUGGAAAUAAAAGGGAAAAGAGUCAAGAGAAGCUCUUGAAGUACCCACGUUGGUAAGAUGUGAGAAGACGCAACCUUGAAUUCGGUUGAUUUGAUGUAAUAUGUUGAUAAUUGGUUAAAAUGGUGUGUGUAAUCAAUCAGACCAAACCAAACCGAGUUGAAUUGAAUCAAACCGAACAUAUAUGGUGGUUGGAAUAAUCCAACCGGUCCAAAUUUUCAUGGUUCGAACCGAUACAAUGGUUGAUAAACUUUAAACGAACCAUGCAUUGCUAUGGUUGGAGUAUAAUCACCCACCUGAAGAGUUGCAUCCCUUCGUAUGCACCCUUCACUUUCUAUAAAUAUAUAGAACCAAACUCCUAUGAUUUUAGCGAUAAGAAAAUACGAUUUCAAUGGAAACUAGAGGGGAAUAAAUAUCGGUGACUCUUACAAUUUGAAUGCCUUAUCCCUACCAAUUAGGAAGACCACUAACGUCUCAUAAGUAAUAUCAUCAAUGUUUACAAACGAACAACUCAAAGAAUAGUAAUCGAUGACCACCACUGCUUAACAUCAGUAAUUACUACUCCACUAAGUUUCUUGAUGCAACACUAGUUUUUGGCAAUCGCAUUGAUAUGUGACUUUAAACUUUAAAGGGUCCAAAUUUUAACUUCCUAUCACUGCCACUAUUCAACUUCAGUCCAUUAGAUCAAAGCUCAAAACCCUAACAUCAUAUGUCCAUGAGCGACUUAGUCAUGGUGAUUAAGGCACAAUGCUUAAAUUGGAUCCAUCAUCCAUCUCAACUUUCACAGACUGGCAUCCACUAGCUUGACACUUCAUUACCAAAAUGAUUUGGAUCCAAUUUACCCAAAUCCCUAUGUAUUAUAUACACUAGAAAAUCAAAUACCGCCUUUUCACUAUCCGGCCAUCUGCCCUAUCUCUGUUUUUCUCUGUGGUUCUUUCCUUAGGCUCAUCAACAUACAAACUUGAUUGCCACCACAAACAAUUGCAGAGAAAUCGCACUCAAUCGAAAAUGGGGAAAAUUCCAAUCAAACACAGGCCCUCUCUGCAAAUUAACAACCAUAUCUUAGCCCACCACUACACAAAUACAAAAUCCCAAAGAACAUAUUCGUUUCAGAUGGCUACUCUGCACCUAAAGUUCAAAUCUUUGGACUCAUUCACUUAGCACCCUUACAAUCCUUCCAACAAUAUGCUCCUAAUUCAACCCCAUUUAUAACCCUUUGUCCACUAAUCCUUCAUUAACCCUCUAAACCAAAUCAAACCCAUCUCUCUAAUUACUCUCCCUCGCUCUCUAAACAAUGAUCCCAUCGCCAUUGCAGAAGCCAGAUGUUACCUUGUCCCUCACGCUAUCACCCUCCUCUGUCUCCGGUCCGGCGAGCACUGCCCGAGAGACUCCCGAAGGCAGAGGGAUCCGGCUCAUCGAGCUCCUCCUCAAAUGCGCCAACCACGCCUCGACACCUGGCGCCAACGACCUCGACCGAGCCGACGCGUGUCUUUCCCAGAUAUCGGCGCUCGCCUCUGUUUCCGGGGACUCAAUGCAGCGGCUGGCGGCCCACUUCGCCUCCGCACUCGCCACGCGCCUCCUGAUCAGGCGAUGGCCCGGGAUCUACAGAGCCGUCAACCACACGCGCCGCUGCCGUUUUCCGGUCGUUGAUGACAUCGAUUCCGCGGCGCGUGCCCUGUUUUCCCAAGCCUUCCCUUACCUCAGCUUCGCCUACGCCAUUAUAGCCCGAACUUUGCUUCAAGUCAUGACCCACGAGCGGGUCGUCCAUCUCGUCGACCUCGGGUCGGGGGAUCCGAAGCUUUGGGUUCCCUUGCUCCGUAGCUUCGCCCGGCUGUCCAAUGGGCCGCCGCAUUUGAAGGUGACUUGUGUGUCAAGCAACCGAACCGUGCUGGAGAAGUUAGGGCAUAGGCUGGUGAAAGAGGCAGAGGUUCUUGACCUCCCUUUCCAAUUCAUUCCCUUGAAUGUCGCCGUUCAAGACCUCACACCGGGUUUGCUCAAGAUCCGAACCGGUGAGGCUCUCGCGUUUAUCUCCAUACUAAACCUCCACACUUUUCUAGCUGAUGAUGAUGACGAUCAUCAUAGAUUCAACGCUAGUUAUGAUAACGAUAACGAGAUUAGAAAUGGCAAGCGAUUGAGUACAUUUUUGCUGAUGAUACGGUCGAUGUCUCCCAAAGCGUUGUUUGUUGUGGAGCAGGAAGCGGACCACAACUCUAUUCGGUUGGUGGACCGAUUUGUUGAUGGGUUACAUUACUAUAGUGCGGUUUUCGACUCGAUAGAUGCAACAUUUGGGAGUACUGGGUCGACUAACGAGCAGGUAGAGGGACGGAUUAUGGUGGAGGAGAUGUUUGGGAGGGAGAUUGAGAACAUGGUGGCAUAUGAAGGGCUGGAUAGGGUGGAGAGGCAUGAGCGAUUCUCGAGAUGGGCAUUGAGGAUGACUCGAGUUGGUUUUCGACCGGUCCGAAUGUGGUACAACUCAGAUGAAGAUGCCAAGCAAAUGGUAGGUGCUUUUGGGAAGGAAGGGUAUAAGAUUGUGAGUGAUAGAACAAGUAUGAUGAUUUGCUGGCAUGAUCGUCCUUUGUAUGCUGUCACUACAUGGACAAGUUGAUCGAUUAAUUAAUUUUGUCAUUAUAUUACGGAAAUAAUUAUAUAACUAGAUCAUAAGUACACGUCUUGUUUUCUAACGGUCAUUUUGCCCAAUUGUAUCUUGGAAUCAAGGUCCAAGGUUGUAAGAAAGUUUAGGAUGUGUCGUAGGUUCCAAGUGGGAAAUGGACAGCUACAUAACCCAUUAUAAAUUUCCAUGCUUGUC